CGAAUCUUGAGAAAGUAAAGCAAUAAACUAUAGCAGCUGGGAAGAGCCCAAGAACUUCUAUAGCCAGCAAUCAAGUGGAUUGUUGAUACGGAUGCUUAGUGUUCUUCUCUGUAAGAAGAGUAUGGCUUCUGGUAGUGCUCCGUGGUGUUUUUCGAUGCAACCACGGACUUCAGAUCUUCGAGCCUGCAGCAAAACAAUAGAUCUAUACUUCUCAGAUCGAAAUCUUCUGGUUUUGAGAUGUUGUUUUCAUGCAUAUUAUCGCUUAUCACCAUUGAUUUUUUAAUGAUUAAAUAACAGUAAUCCUUAAUUUUUUAACUCUAUCCCCAUGGUAUGGUGUUGGAAUUCAAGGGGACAGAGAUGGCUGACAGAGAUGGCGAUCGGCAACCUACACAUCAACAUCUUCUGCAACAACAACAUCUUUCGUGGAGGUUCUCAACAACAUCUCCAAGAAGAUGCCGACUGUGCUCUCCAAGUUCGCGAAGACAGCGCUGGUCGCCGAGAUGUGCCAAGCUCUCAAUCCACGGGAGAACCGCAACAAGAUGAUGAACGCUUUCAUGGACGAAACGCUGAACGCAGAGCAGGAGCAUGCACCGGAGACGGAUGCGGGACACCACGCCACGGAUGGCGUCGACCACGCCUCGAGAGCGGCUUCUGCUUCGCUGGUAGAAAAACAGGAAGUGAAGAGGCAAUCAGCACAACUGGAAAUCUCUUUUGGAGAUUCUACAAUAUUUUCCUUUCCCGAGGUCAUCAGUGAACGUUCACUAGGAAAAUUUGCCGCGAGCUUAAGAGAGUUCAUCAUACACGACGCGAAUGAGAACCUGUUAAAGCCAUUAGUAGCUAAUCUCUGCGUCCGGUUAAUGAAAGAAGCACGUUUUGCAGCAGACAAAAAUGAUGAGCAACUUGCAGACAUGAAAAGCCAAGAUCAUUUCACAUUCAGUAAUGAUGGACGGCGGGAGUGUCACAUCUUCGAUUUCGCAUUUAUUGUUCGCAGGUUUAUCCAUGACGACAAUAAGGGCAACAACCUGUGGCAGUAUGGACGCCUAAAAGCCGAAGAGAGUUUGUUUUCUAAGAUACUUAGUGGCGAUGGUCAUCGCGUGCAAGCUUGUCGUAAGAGGUUAGAAGACCGCAUGACAGAAUAUGAUAAAUCGCGAUAG